UGAAAAACGCGCGCACGAACCUGAGCAUCCGCGAGACCAAGAGCAUCCGCGCGCAGAGCACUCGGUCAAAAUACAGGGGAGCGCGGAACUUUACAGCAGGUGGUGCACCUCGGUUUACGUCUAGGAAAAGUCCUGAUGAUGUGUGCAAGAAUAGAUAAAAGCCGUGACUCUUAAACGACGCUGUCAUUCAAACUGACGUCGAGGUUAAUAAACAAACAAGACGCGCAAUUUUUACGAGGAAAGCGGAGCGCAAGCGAUGGACUGAAAGCUACCCGUGAAAAUGGGUUGAAGAAAAGAGGAGUGUAAGUAGGAUCUUUUUAACAUGUGGAGCCAUAUGUGUCAAUUUUAUUUUAAAAAGCCUAUUUGAUUGAGACUAUUUUGAAGAAGAAGAAGGAGAAUAAGGAGAAGAAGAGCGCGCACUCAGCGCGUGCAAGUGUUUCAUACUUUAAAUGCUUUACUUAAAAAUGCCUCCUUUGGUGCUUUAUAUAAAGGCAGUUUAUUGAAGUUGGACAUUACAUAUAUGAUUCAGCUUUAUGGAAUUGUACUUUUGUGCUAAUGAAGAAAGCAUUUUCUUCACUUUAAUUUUACAGUAUGUUGUCUCUGUCAAGCUAUAGUGGAUUUCAGGGAUUGGAUUUGUAUCUUUUUGCUGCUGUUCCCAAUUUUCCACUGUGCUACCUCAGCAUGCAGGAGUUGUGUGUAGCACAGCAAAUCUCAAGAUGACUGGAUUUUGCAAUGACUGGGUUUGUGGAAACAGAAAUGAACUUCAGAUAUCAUUUCUCUUGUUUUGUGCUCAUGGUUUCGUGUCAUCAGAUGGACUCAAAUGGAUUUUUUUGUCAAUAAGCUCAGAAUUGUUCAUGCCAUUCUUUUUCUUUCUAUUACUUUUUCUGCAUAAUUUUUCUUUAUUAACUUGAAGUACAAUCACCGCUAAUAUACAAAAGCUCUUGACCUUUGAACUCUUUUGCUGAAAACUGAAGUUAAUCAACAUACCUUUUAAGAACUGAAAGGUUCACAGAUGAAGACGCACUUGAUGCCUAUAAUAAUGGUGCUCUAAAUGUUCUUUGCUGGUGUUUUUUAGUUGUUGAGACUGAUGUUGCAACAUAUAGGAUAAAGACAGCUCUAUCCAGCUUCAACUUUUAGGCUCUAUUGUUUUAUCUCCCCCCCACUGAACCUCUCAGGUGGGGGGGGGAGGUAAGACCCAAACUAUGGAGUCCAACCCAGACAGCCCAAGUCGGGCUGUGGAGUAUCUUCUGGAGCUCAAUAACAUAAUUGAGAACCAGGCCAAACUUCUAGAGACCCAACGUAAACGCAUUGAGGAGCUCGAGACGCAACUAGACCGGGUCAACCAGGAGAACCAGGACCUGCGACAUGACCGAACGCCAACCGAGAACUCCACACAGAUCCACAACUACAACCAGAGCUCAAAGCCGAUCCAGCCGACAUCUCUACCAAACCACAAUGCUGGAGGUGUUCAUCAAACUAGCAGCAGUAAUGUCCCCUCAUCCACGGUGCCUGGUCCAGCUCGCCGCACACACACAAGGCUGACCCGAGGCUUGUCAUGUGGGUCGGCCCCUGUUGACAAAGAUAGAGGCCGACUGGACCGGAAUGACAGCUCUGGGAUAAACAACACCUCCACCCUUCGGAAACAUGAGGAGGAAACCCAGAGUUCAGCAGCACGUCCUUUUUCCGAGAGUUCCAGCAAAUCUCCUUACGUGCACAGUUCUGACCGUUACGGGGACAACAGCUGUGGCCCGCCAGGGCCUCGGGUGCCUUUUGUGCCCCCUCCAAGCCCAGCUAGCCUUGCCUGGGCACAACGUACACGCAACCAACCAGCUAGUCUGGCCCUACGCAAGCAAGAAGAAGAAGAGAACAAGAGGUGCAAAGCCCUAUCAGACAGCUAUGAACUCUCUACGGACCUGCAAGAUAAGAAGGUGGAGAUGCUGGAGAAGAAAUAUGGCGGCUACUUCGUGAGUAGACGAGCAGCACGUACUAUCCAGACAGCCUUCCGUCAGUAUCGUAUGAACAAGAACUUUGAGCGCUUGCGCAGCUCAGCAUCUGAGAGCCGCAUGACACGCCGCAUCAUCCUUUCCAACAUGCGACUGCAGUAUUCAUUUGAUGACCGGCAUCCUCAACCUCCUACUCCAACUCACUACAGUCACAGUCCAGGAAUGGGUCCUCCACAUUCUCCAACCUGCACCACAGAGCCAAGCUCUCCACGGCCAGAGUACACCCAACUGGAGGACACUUUCUCCAAACAAGUGAAGUCCUUGGCCGACUCCAUUGAUGACGCCCUAACAUGUCGUCCACGUCGAGAUGACUCCCAAGAAGGUAUAGGUGAUGGAAGUGGUGUUGUGGACGACUUCGGAGAAUGUAUAUGGAGCAGCAACAGCCAUGCAUCCUUACGGAGAGGCCUUGCAGAUAGGGAUCGAGGAGGUACUGGGGGAUUGAGCAUGCACGAGGACAGCACAGCCACCUCCUAUAGUGAUGUUACUCUUUACAUGGACGAUGGACUACCUUCCUCACCCCUUUCUCUAGACCGGGCCCCUAGCAGCACAGACACCGAGUUCUGGGGGGGUGUUGGAAGCGGAGUCGGUGGUAGGGAAGACAGCCGGGACACCGAGGGCGGAGGAAGCAGCAAUAGUCGCCGAAGCACACCUUGCACAGAGUGCCGUGAUUACCGUUUACGGGGAGGGCAUCUACCACUACUUACAAUUGAACCACCAAGUGACAGCUCAGUGGACAUGAGUGACCGCUCAGACCGAGGCUCCCUUAGCAGACAACUAGUGUAUGAGCAGGACUCAGCAGGAGGGUCGCCUCAAGGGACUUUAAAACACAAUCCUAAUGCUCGUUCAACGUCCUCCACAACUGCACAGGGUCAAACCCGUCCAGCCAGCCGAUCAAUACCUUCACAUAUCCCACACCACAUGGCUCACCAUCAUCACCAUCACCACCACCACCAUCAUCACCAGUACCCAGACACCCCUUCGUCAUCGUCCUCUCCUCAACAGCCCCCGACCACACCGCUCUCAUCUUCCUCGUCAGCACCAUUGCCCCCUGGUGGCUUGGAGCAGCAGUGCUGCUCAGAUGGGGAUAAUGACUCACUGAACUCCACCACAAACUCUAAUGAGACCAUUAAUUGCAGCUCAGGAUCCUCAUCAAGGGACAGUCUGCGGGAGCCCCUACCUCCAUUGGGGAAACAGACGUAUCAGAGAGAAAGUCGGCAUAACUGGGACUCUCCUGCCUUUAAUAAUGAUGUGGUUCAGAGAAGGCAAUAUCGCAUUGGGCUCAAUCUCUUCAACAAGAAGCCAGAAAAGGGUAUUCAAUAUCUGAUUGAGAAGGGCUUUGUGUCAGACACACCAGUGGGCAUUGCUCGUUUUAUCCUGGAGAGAAAAGGCCUCAGUCGGCAGAUGAUCGGAGAGUUUCUUGGAAACAGACAGAAACAGUUCAACAAAGAUGUAUUGGACUGUGUUGUUGACGAAAUGGACUUUUCUGGAAUGGACCUCGAUGAUGCUUUGAGGAAAUUUCAAGCUCAGAUAAAAGUCCAAGGAGAGGCCCAAAAAGUGGAGAGACUGAUUGAGGCUUUCAGUCAGCGGUAUUGCGUUUGUAAUCCAGCACUGGUAAGACAGUUCCAGAACCCAGACACCAUCUUCAUCCUAGCGUUUGCCAUCAUCCUGCUCAACACAGAUAUGUACAGCCCUAAUAUCAAGGCGGAGAGGAAGAUGAAACUGGACGAUUUCAUCAAGAACUUGCGAGGGGUGGAUAACGGUCAAGAGAUCCCACGUGACUUACUAGUGGGAAUCUACCAGCGCAUUCAGAAAUGGGAACUGAGAACCAAUGAUGACCAUGUUUCUCAGGUCCAGGCAGUAGAGAGAGUCAUAGUGGGCAAGAAACCAGUUUUGUCUCUGCCUCACCGGAGACUGGUGUGCUGCUGUCAGCUCUAUGAAGUCCCAGACCCCAACCGUCCUCAGAGGUCUGGAGUCCACCAGAGAGAGGUCUUCCUCUUCAACGAUCUGCUUGUGGUUACAAAGAUAUUCCAGAAGAAGAAAACUUCAGUAACUUACAGUUUCAGGCAGUCCUUUCCUUUGGUGGAGAUGCAGGUCCACAUGUUCCAGAACUCCUACUAUCCUCAUGGUGUCAGACUAACAUCAGCUAUCCCGGGUGGUGAGCGUAAAGUUUUGAUUGUGUUCACGGCCCCCAGUCAACAGGACCGCACACGUUUUGUCAGUGAUCUGAGGGAGAGCAUUGCUGAGGUGCAGGAAAUGGAGAAAUACAGAGUGGAGUCUGAGCUAGAGAAGCAGAAGGGAGUAAUGCGGCCCAGCCUGCUCACCAACAGUAUUAUGGCAGGAGGAGUGGGCGGGGUCAAGAAUGAAGUAGUGAAUGGCACUAUGGGAAGGCCUAGUCUGGAUGACAACUAUUCACCAGGAGAAGGCCUGAAACGAACUGCUCUCAGCUCCUCAUUGAGGGACCUGUCUGAAUCAGGGAAACGUGGCCGCAGAAACAGCGUUGGUUCCCUUGACAGUACAAUGGAAGUAAGUCUGAGUGAAGCAGAGGGUUCCAUCAUUAGCAGUCCACGGCCUCACCAGCGUUACCCAGUAGCCACUGUUCUCCCAGGAUGCUAUGGGACAGAAGAUUACCGGCCUCACCGCCCCAUCCUGAGCCCCGGAGUGGGGGUGGGGGGUGGGCCGGGGCAGCAACACACACCUGCAGUGACUGGCGCUGGGCCAGUCUCCAACAGCACAGAGAGAGGAACGACUGGAAUGGGGACUGGGAACAACAGCAACAACACCGGUUCUUUCCUGGGCUCCCUGUUUGGGGGCAAGCGAUCCAAAGCCCCGGGUCCUAUUAUCCCCCCGGGGCCACCCUACCCCGCCCCUGUGGCCCCGCCGACUACCGGAGGGCCACCGCCUCUGUCCCCGUCCUCGCUGUGCCCGACGGACGGUGGACCUUCCAAGAUCCAGGCCCUGCACGCCCAGUACUGCCACACUACCAGCAACAGUGUCAGUGGACAGCCUCCGCCCCCGUACUACCACCACCACCGCUUCCAUACACAGACCGUACCCUCAACUGGGCAGCAAGGCCUUCAUACUCUUCAGCGGGUCACCUUGCCUCGUCGGCCGCUCCCCAACCCCUCCGUGCACUCCCCAUACCAGCCGAUCUCCCAGCAUACUUUGCAGGGUCGCUACGGGAGCAUGGGCAACAUGGGCAAUAUGGGCAACAUGGGCAACAUGGGCAACAUGGGCUCCGGCCUCCCUCCCCCCCUUUCUCCUCACUCCCCACUUUCCCCUCACCCGCAGUUUGCUCUGUUCCACACACAGCCUACACACUCGGCCAGAGGGGGCGGCAUCAGCAAGCCCCCUCUCACGCUGUCACACUCGCAGCCCCACCCGCACGCACACUCCCACACCCACCCCGCCCAUGUGCACACACCGCACCCCACCUCCCACCCCGUGCACCAACCUCACUUCGUCUUCGCCAGCCCUCCGCCUCCGCCCUUCCCUGCUCCCACUCAGCCGCCUCCAGUCUCCGCGUCCGGCACUGUCCACCACGGGCCGCCGGCCGCCCAGUAUCUGCCCCAGUAUCCACCGUUGUCCUCCAUUCCUCCUCCCCCCCCCCCACUCCCCUUUACCCCCCCCUUCCUCCCCCCUUACCCCUCUUACGCCUCUCUCCCCUCUCCCCCCCCAGCACCAAGGCCCAUCUUCCCAGGCCGGGGGUCAGCAAGGGCCCUCACCAGCUCAGACUGGAGCCGUACCUGGGGGGACGGGCACGGUCGAACGCGCCAAAUCCAAACCUACCAACCGGAUCAGCACGGUAGUGUGAGCCGGGGAAAGUCGCGAGGCUGGGGUUCGCUGAAGGGUCCUUUAGUGGUCGGAGGGGGCACAUCCUCAAGGGUGGAAGAGCUAGGCAGGGCCAAAUCCGAUAACAACGCCAGUGGGAAAAAGAAACGCAGCCUGCUAAGACUCUGCUACUUUCACCUGCGCUUCCCGCAAGUGUGACCAAAAGGGACUCGUGUUUAUUAAAAAGAUAGUUGGAGGCUCUCAGGUAGAUUAGUUUUGAGGGAUAUAUAUAUAUAUAUUAGACAACAAACAUUUAGGACAUGUUGCUUGUCAUUAAUUUGGUCGUCAAGCCAAAACCCUACUUAACUACUUCUUCAAUGUCAUAUCCAGACAAGAUCUAUUAAAGCAUGCAAAGACUUGUGGACAUGCUUACACAAACGCUGAUAUAAAACUGUCUACUUUUUCAAUUGCAUAUAGCCAUACAGACAAGUGGUCGCAUUCUGCAUUCGUCACACCACAGGCAUUGGAAAAACUGUUUAAGUUGCUUCACCUGGGAAACUGUUUAGGAAUUGUGAAGACCAGAGAGUGUACAAAAAUGCCAUGUUGGACAUGGAAAUCAAAGCACAGUACAUUCAAAGAUUUCAUACAUUCCAGUAAUCAAAGCAUUAGUCAAUAGCAUUCACAAGAUGCAAUAAUAUUUUCACUGAUGUCCACCUUCAAAUAAUUUUAAACAAUUCAUUACUCUUUUUGUACACAUCUAUAAGGUGUUACUAGAGAUAUAUCUACAAAGCAAAUACCUUCCACCUGGUUUGAUUGAGUAUGUCAGUAUUUGCCUGAUCUCUUAAACUCUUAACACACUAGCCAGUUGUAAAAAUAAAGUGUAUGUGGACGUCCUGUUUGUAAUCAAACUAUCAUCAAGAAAUAUUAACCUGUGUAUAUAAAAUUAUAUGAAAUUUUAACUAAAUAAUAUAUCAGUAAUAUUAUAUUUCAUCUAUGAACUUGAUGUUCUUACCUAGGGUUGCACCAAUAUUGUUUCAGAAACGGAUAUUCUGAACACAAAUGAAAAGCCAUUUUUCAUAAUUUGAUCCAUAUUGAGUUUUGUUGUUUUUUUAAGUUGAAUUGCAUAUUUUGUGCCUAAAAUCGAAACAUUUUGUUUUAUUAGUUACUAACCAGUUUGGUCCAACAGUAAAUUUCUUUUGUAAUGAAUAUCCCUAAGGGCUUGAAUGAAUUUUAAAAGAUGUCUACUCGUAGAGUAAAAAUCAUUGCACCAAUUGGUGACCAUUAUCAUUUACGUCUAAAUUCUUCAAACAUUUGCAGUAAAUCUCGAGGAAGGAAAUAAGGCCCAGAAUGUGAAAACAAUGGCAUCCAAUGCACUUUAACAAACGAAUGUGUUUUCUGAACUAAUAUAACUAGGGCUAGUGACACACAUAUGAAGGAAAGAAACAUUCCAUGAAAGUUUGUUGCCUCUUUAUUGUCAUCAGUGUUCAGAUCUGAAAGGUCGGUAUUAGAGAGUUUCCAUCGGGUCCUUGCAUUAAAACUGCCAAUCAUACUUUACAAGAUGUUUUUAUUCAAUUUUAUGCGGUUAUAUGAAUGUUUGCUAUGAAUUAAAUGAAUAUAUCUCUACUUCUUUUAUGUUCUGAAGCUACAGAUGUUAUAAAAUAUGAUUCUUGUAAAUAGGAUAUGCUUUGACAUUCGGCAGUGAAGUGUCAAGGAUGUGUUUUAUUGUCGU